AGUUGGGAAAGUGUCAAUAGUAACUCACGUAUGAGUUCAUCAAGUAAGGACUGAAAAAGCCAUGGCAAGAACGAACUCUUCAUUCUGGAAUCCUAGCGAAGGUAGCAGACCCGAUUUACUCUGUGGAAGGCCAGCUGACUACACUUUCGUGAAAGGGCAUUUUACAAUGCUCGUGUGUUCCAUUAUUGUUGUGGGAGGCUUACUAAGGAUGUGCUUAAAGAAUUCUGAAGUCAUCACCUUGACAGUUCUUUCUCUACUAGGAUUUGUGAUAGGUCAGCUGGCCUACAAUUUCAUUGAGGUGCACCAACUCGUCUACCCUCUUCUAAAAACACCAAGUUUUUCGCUUUAUUGUUAUUUCUCACCUCUAAUUAUAUUUAUGGCCGCUUUGGACGUGGACUUUUAUAUACUCAGGAAUAUGCUUUGGCAGGUCUUGUUAACUGGAUUCAUUAGCUUCUCUACGGCAUUCAUCAUACUUGGAAAUGUGAUCAUGAACUUCAAUAAACAGAUGUGGGAUUUGCAAGCUUCCAUACUCUUGACCAUGACCAUUAGCAUUACAGAUCCUAUUUAUUCUGUGAAUUCACUGAAAAUUAUUGGCGUUUCCAAAAUGUAUUCCGAUAUCAUUAGAGGAGAAUCGAUGAUCAUCUGUGGCUUCAUAUCCAUCUUUUUUGAAAAAUUUCGGAACAUCUUUCCUAAAACGUUCAUGUUUAAGGAUUUCCCCAUUCUCACAGACCUGUUCUUGGACAUCGGGGGAAGCAUAAUCUGUGGAUACUGGUGUGCAAGAAUGCUUCAGCUUAUAUUGACUGACCUUUUUAGCAACACGCUGACUAACGUCGUUCUUUGCAUUUCCAUGGUGUACCUGACUUUCUACAUCGUGGAAUUUUUCGGAAUGUCAGGUAUGAUUGCUUUAGUCACCAUAGGACUGAAUUUAGAUUCCUUAAGCUUUAAAACGAGGAUCGAGUUGGUAAUUAUUAAGUUCCUAAAAAUGUUUUCGACUGUAUUCCAACAUUUAAUAUAUACUUUUUUUGGCAUUAUCAUUGGAUGUGGAGAAACCAAGUAUUUUGAUUUUCACACUGUGGUUUUCAUGGUCAUCUUAUUUGUAACGGUGAAUUUUGUAAGAUUGCUUACUAUUGUGCUAGUGAGCCCUAUUCUGAUGCAAUCGAAUUAUGAAUAUAAUUGGAAAUGGGGAGUUGUUAUAGGAUGGACUGGAAUUAAAGGAGUGUUUAGCUUACUCUUUGCUCCUGAUAUUCAUAAUCUGGCUGAAGAAAAAAUCGAGUCACCACAGAUGUUUAUAUUCUACGUACAAGUACUGUCAUUAAUGACUAUGGGAAUAAAUUCGUACAUGAUGACUCACUGUGCCAGGACGUUAGGUUUGUCUGCUAUUUCUCUUCCAAGACAGAUGGCCAUGCAAAAUGCCAUUAAGCACAUACAUGAGAUAAUACAGAACACAAUAACUUUAUUUAAAACAGAGAAAAUUUUGACAAAUGUUAAUUGGACCUUAGUAGAAGAAAAAGUGAAGAUUAAAUACAGCACUUCGUCUGAUUCUGUCCCGUUUUACUACGUUUCCCAAGACGAAAAAGAGGAGUCUCCAACAGAUGAAGUAUUAAUAGAGGAAGCCAGGCUGCAUGUAGCUAUGAUACAGAUGAGUAGCUUUGAAAAACAGUGUAAAGAUGGAAUCCUUGGUGUAGAGGCGGCCCGGAUAUUAAUUGGUGCAACCAAAAGCUAUUGCCCUAUCCAAGGAAAAUUCAUGAGUAUUCAUGAUGUUUCAACUUAUGUAAAAGCUAGAAGUUGGCUUGUGAAAUUUAAAAACAUGUUAACUUUCUUGGAAUUUCAUAAAAUUAAGCCAUUACCCCUUAGUACAUAUGAGAAUAAUAAAUUUCUGAUAUUUAUACAUCACAUUGUAUUUUCAGAAGAAUUUGAAUAUGCGGGACAUAUUGUAUCAUUAAUCUACAUUUAUCCUAUGAUAAUGCAUUUAUGGCCGAUGGCAAGAGAAUUAAAUGUGUUAUCACUGAUGUCAGUAAACUACUAUUUUCUAUUUUUGUUUAUAUUACAGUCAACGUUGAAGAUAAUAAUUUUGAAAAAGAAAUAUUUUAAUCAACAUUGGAAUACUCUGGAAUUUUCUAUCGUGAUCAUCGGAAUUGUUGAUGUCUUUUGUCUAUAUUUUGUCAAAUUGAGACCGGACCACUUCGUUCUUAUUCAGAUUGCAAUAAUAUUGGGAUAUUUAAGAAUGCUUAGGUUUAUUCCUCUCAUCAAGAUAAUAAUACCAUUUCUGAAAAAAAUUGCAGAUGUGCAGAUCAAUAAGCGCCUCAGCUUGAUGUACAGUAUUACAAGAGGCUAUGUCAAAAGUCAGGAGGACACCAAAUUUUUAAUACAACAAAUUUCUGACCGAGAAUCCAUAUAUCAGAAAUUAUAUGAAAUUUUGGAAACCAACAAACGAGAUGCUGUCAAAGAACUAGGACUCAUAGAGCAUGAGGGCCGCGAUGUCGUCAUCGCUUUGAAGACCAGGCAGGCGAUCCGGACCGUGAUCGCCAAGGCUCUGAAGAACCUCACCUUCCUUUGGUCGAGGGGCAUUAUUGAUAAGCACGAAGGCAUGGAGAUGAAUAAGGUGCUGCUUUCGAAAAUAAAAGCACUGAAUAACUUUCCAAUGGCAAUCCCGCCCCCUACUCCCGACAAAUAUCUUCAUAAUAUUGUUUGGCUGGAAAAUAAAGAUGUUCUCAUUGAGUUCUUCAAGGAAAAAGCUCAGCUUGCCUAUUUCGACUAUGGAGAUGUCAUUUGUACAGAAGGUGAAACGCCACAAGGAAUCUACUUAAUUAUUUCAGGAAUGGCAAUCCUGCACAGUUCACCUCCUACCUUUGGAAUAGACAGCAGCCUCCGGCCUGACAGAGAGUCCAAAACCACGUUCACGGAGUACUGCACUUGCGGGGACAUAAUCGGAGAGCUGAGCUGUCUGCUUAAGCGUGAAUUUGAGUAUACCGCCAUCUGCGAAACCAUCUUGCAGGCCUGCUUCAUCUCCCUGGAGGAUCUGUAUGAAGGCUUUGACGUCUUCUGGCCAUCCCUGGAAUAUAAGAUAUGGCUAAAGCUUGCUCUCGCUACUGCCCACCAGUAUUUUGAAUCCGCUCUCAUCGAUGAGGACUUAACGUUUCAGAAGUGUGUGACACUCAAUCUUGCAUAUGUGGAGACUUUAUCAAGCUAUAAUGAAAUGACGAUCGAUAAUACAGUCAUGAAAUUCGUUAUUGUCGUGUACGGCAGUGUCAUUGAUAUGGAGACAGAGGAGCCGUAUCUUGCACCUUGCAUAUUACCUAACACCUGUGAGCAGGUUCAGGGAACUUCGGAUUUAAGCAAGCUGCUGGUUAUCCAAGAGUCUAAGUCUGCCAACAGGCGAAACAUCUUGCGACUUCGAGGAGAGCGGAGGAUGCCAGCCCUCGAGACCACCAUCUCCUGGGAUAUUGUGAAACUUGGCAUUUUCACCUUCAUUCUCAACCUUCUCUGCGUCACCUAA